CGUCUGUGUUACGGAGCAGGCAGUUUGAUGUUUGUAUCUUGUAGAAGACACUUUGUCGUAUCUGUUUUUAAACAAUAUUAACUAAUAGAAACUAAGAACAAAGUCAGGGGUCGUCUGAUGAAAAUCCACAGCAUGGGUGUCCGGGCAGUCAUCGCCAUGGCGCUCCUCCUGUCCGUAGCUGGCAGUGAGGACAAGACUCCUGAAGGUUCAGUAACAUUCAACGGGGAAAAAUUCACCAUGACCUUUCGAAUGAGUGGGAAAUGGUACAGAAGGAAUGCAGAAGUGGGUGAAGCUGUUAACAAGUUGGAACUCAGUUACACCAGUGAUUCCAAGGGCUUAUACAAAUGUGAAUACAAGGAGUCAGACACAGAUGAAGCUAAAGCAUAUUAUUUCUACGUGAAAGGAAAGGCGUGCGCAAAUUGCAUCGAGCUUGAGGCAACUAAUCUAGGCUUGGCCAUCACUGUGGACAUGGCUGGGACGAUAAUACUGAUGAUGAUCAUCUAUAAGUGCACGAAGAAGAAAAGCUCAGCUGGAUCUACACACGCCUCAAAAGCACCAGCUCGUGCAGGAGGCCGUGCUCCACCGGUCCCAUCUCCUGACUAUGAGGCACUGAACCCGAACACUCGCAACGAGGACCCCUACUCUAGUGUGAGCAGGACGGGAUAAAGUCACAUGACCUGGCUGCACCAGGACAUUGGUUAAAAGGCUCCACAGACAAAAGUAUUAACAGCAUGCUCCCAUGGUCCGAAUUUGCGCAGAGGUGACUGGAAUUUAGUUUGUGGUGUUCUCAGUAUUUACAAAUUAUACUGAAAACGACUUUCCUCUCCAGAAUUCAUCCCUAUGGAAUCCAUCACAAGUGUGUGUAGAUUCAGAGGAAUACACAUUGCUUUUGUAUGUUGCUGUAGAUUAGUCAUUUACAACCUGGAGGCACUUCAGCACCUCAGUUUAUUUGAAAAUGUAUAUAAUAAUUGUAAUUAUGUUAAUGAAGGAAAAGAACACAAAUGCCAUAGGAUUACAAAAUUGGUGCAGUGCUAAUCUCCAAUGUGUUUAUUGUAACAAUAACCAAAGAGUUUUCUCCUGGAUCAGCUGUAAUUCCUUGACACAGAGUUCAUGGAAACAAGUACGCAGAAUGCCUAGAAAAAGAUCAGAACAAGAACAGUACGAAUGGCUACAAAUUCUAUUGUGUCAUGACUGACCUUUAAAAGGCACUGGAAAAUAAGACAAGCAUCUCUAUGAUCACUGUAUCUACUGGUUUUCGUUUGCUCUUUAGUGAAACGGAACACUUCCAUUAAACCCUCACAUCUAUAGCUACUGAAGGAGAGUGGACAGUGAAAGGGUAGUUAAAUAGUUCAUUCGUUUUUAAUGACACAAAUAAAUUUUACUUUUGGGUCAGAAC